UUUGAAUAAUUCACUCUUGUGCAUGUCAGAACCAAAACCCUCGGUGACAGAGACAAUCAUGAAGGCGAUAGUGAUCACGGAAGAAGGCGGCCCCGAAGUCCUGCAACUGCAAGAAGUGGAGGAACCACAAAUCAAAGACGACGAGGUUUUGAUCAGAGUCGCCGCCACCGCUCUCAACAGAGCCGACGUACUUCAGCGCCAGGGCAAGCACCCUCCCCCUCCGGGCGCGAGCGAGCUUCCCGGCCUUGAAUGCUCCGGCGUCAUCGAAGCCGUCGGCAAAGAGGUCGUCCGCUAUAAAGUUGGCGAUCAGGUGUGUGCUCUUCUUGAUGGAGGGGGAUAUGCCGAGAAGGUUGCUGUACAUCACUGGCAAAUUGUUCCUGUUCCGCGCAAUUGUUCGAUGGAAGACGCAGCUACUUUUCCUGAGGCAGCAUGCACGGUGUGGUCGACCGUGUUUAUGAUGGGCCACCUAACACUACAAUCUGAUCACUCUAUCCUGAUACAUGGGGGAUCCAGUGGCAUUGGCACAUUUACUAUUCAGUUGGCUAAGUACCGUGGAGCCAAGGUUUUCGUCACUGCAGGAAGUGAAGAAAAAUUAGCUGCUUGCAAGGAACUUGGAGCUGAUGUCUGCAUAAACUAUAAGACAGAGGAUUUUGUUUCCCGUGUUAAGGAAGAAACGAAAGGGAAAGGUGUGGACGUCAUCUUAUGCAACGUUGGUGCCUCAUACUUGCAACGGAACAUUGAAUGCCUAAACUUCAACGGAAGGCUUAUCAUAAUAGGUUUUAUGGGUGGAACAAUAUCUGAAAUCAACCUUGCUGCCUUGCUAGCAAAGCGCCUCACAGUGCAGGCUGCCGGUCUGCGAAGUAGGGCGAUGAAGAACAAAGCCUUGAUUCUGAGUCACGUGGAGUCGUAUGUGUGGCCCGCAAUAGCUGCAGGCAAGAUUAAGCCAGUGGUCUACAAGCGUCUUCCGCUAGAAGAAGCUGCGGAAGGUCACCGGAUCAUGGAAAGCAGCAAGCAUAUCGGAAAAAUUAUCCUGCGUGUUCCAUGAAGAUUUGGUUUUAUUUAUUGUGGCCAGUUGAAAUGUAUGCUCAUAGCUGGGAUACUGCACUACUAAUUAAUGUGUAAGAAGUAAGAACAAUUAAGCUUGUCUUGUUUUGAAUACCAGCUGCCUCUUCACCACAA